CGUAUUUACGACGUGUUUACGACACUUUUGCACGCAGUAGCUGCUCUGCUUCGACAUGGCUUCGUCGUUUUGGAAAGGUGUUGUCGGCGUUGGACUAUUCGCUUUAGCCCACGCAGCUUUCUCAGCGGCACAGCAUCGAUCUUAUAUGCGGCUCACAGAGAAGGAGAACGAAACGUUACCAAUUGACAUUGCACUGCAGGCCUUAUUAUCGUUCGUGAUCACCUGCUAUGGGAUAGUACACAUCGCUGGGGAGUUCAAAGACAUGGACGCAUCGUCAGAGCUGAAAAACAAAACUUUUGACACACUGAGGAACCACCCGUCAUUUUACCUUUUCAACCAUCGAGGUCGAGUGCUGUUCCGCACGCCGGAGGAGGAGCCGUCCUCCGUACACAACCAGCAGGCCCUCCCCAAUCCCAUCAGGCUACGCAAGCUGGAGCAUUUGCACUGAGACUGGCCUUUUCCUGCCUGCAAGAAAGUCAUCGCUCAGAUAGAAACUGGUUUUGUUUUUUAGAACUUACGGGGAAAAACCUCUUGAGAACUCAUCGUCUCGUUUUCAUUUUUAUUUGUACAUAAACUAAUAUUCUGUCUAAACAUGCAUCUCUGUACAGAACCCACUGACUGUGCCAACCCAUCCUCUCUCUGUUUGUUUUUUAAGGCGAGUUCUUUGUACAAACGGCAUCGAAUUACUCUGGAGUCUUAAGAUAAAGAAAAGGCUUCCCUGUUUGUCCCUCCUGACAUAAGCUGGAUUAUCCGUGUCCUUUGUAUGUCUUUUGUACGAGGCAAAUGAAACAAAACCUGUUUAUUUCAACAGAAAAAGUAGUUGUGACUGAAUUGAGUUAAACCUGAUUAAAAAGGGAAGGCCCCCUGAUUUCCUGCUGCAGUUAUUCAUUGAUGCCACACGUCUGCUCAAACGGGAACUCCUCCAAAAACGUGAAGAAUUCAACGGUACAUUCAUCUUUUUGUUUCACCUUCGUCUUAUUCGAAGAUGAGUUUUUUUCAUUUAAUAAAAGCCGUACUGAUUUUA